AUGUCUGGUGCUGCCGAUCGCGAGGCCGUCUUCCCAACCCGGCAGUCGCUGGGCCUCAUGAAGGCGAAGCUCAAGGGGGCAGAAACGGGCCACAGCCUUCUGAAGCGGAAGAGCGAGGCACUCACAAAGCGUUUCCGAGAGAUCACGAGGCGCAUCGACGAGGCGAAACGGAAAAUGGGCCGCGUGAUGCAGAUCGCGGCCUUCUCUCUGGCCGAGGUCACGUAUGCGGUAGGAGGAGACAUCGGAUACCAAGUGCAAGAGUCGGCCAAGUCCGCACGGUUCCGGAUUCGAACAAAGCAAGACAACGUCUCUGGCGUCCUUCUUCCUGCAUAUGAGAGCUACUUGGCCGACGGUAGCAACGACUUCGGCCUGACUGGCUUAGGCAAGGGCGGGCAACAGGUUCAACGCUGCAGGGAGACGUAUGCGCGUGCCGUCGAAGCUCUCGUGGAGCUCGCUAGCUUGCAGACUGCUUUCGUCAUACUUGACGAAGUGAUCAAAGUAGUCAACAGACGAGUCAAUGCGAUUGAGCACGUCAUCAUACCACGCACCGAGAACACCAUCAAAUACAUCAAUUCGGAGCUGGACGAGCUUGACCGCGAGGAAUUCUACAGACUGAAAAAGGCAAGUCGCGAACAAAAAGCAGCGGGAUACUGCUGCAGCAGAUGCGGAGAUGAAGGCGAGGCGGGAGGCAGCAUCUUCGAAAGGCCAGGCGCCUGCUGA